CUACCUCAUUAACCAAACUCCAGAGAUCAGUGUGACAGUACCUUGAUACUAAACAAACCCAGAAAUCUCCCCUCAACGAGUAUUUUGCCAGCAAAAGAACAAUCUCGAGAAGUUUAAUGGCUUAAAAAAAAUAGCAUUCAUAUUCAUGAUCUAGCCAUCGAACGUUUCAGCAGAGAAUAAACAAGCCAAAGCGACUGAAGGCAGGGAAAGAAUAAUAAGAUAAAGCAUUGGAUCCAUUUUAUGAAGAAUGUGCUGGCUGCAUAUGAGAAUGGGGUGCUGCAGAGCCAGGGGAAACGUUCUAGCAGACUUUGACACGGAGUAAAGAAUAAGAAAUCUGCAGCUCUUGUUCCUGGUUGAUAUGAAAGCAAAAGCAAUUCUGAGAAACAGCACAGAGAAUUCGUGCUCGCCUGCUGUUGAUCUCUUUCUGGUUCCACUAUGGAAGAGAAAUCCCCCAAAGAGCUCCUCUUCAGGGACCAGGAUUUCUCCUCUGAGUUGCUAAAGCAGCUGAACAUUUUGCGGCAAAACAGAAUCCUUACCGACGUCGUUCUGUGCACAAGUGACACUGAAAUUCCUUGCCAUAGGAAUGUUCUUGCUUCAAGCAGCCCCUAUUUCAAGGCAAUGUUUUGCAAUAACUUCAAAGAGAGUGGUCAAGAAAAAGUCAACCUCAAAGGCAUUGACUCAGGCGUUCUCCACUGUAUUAUCAUGUAUGUCUACACAGGAGAGAUUCUUGUGACAGCGGAGAAUGUUUUGUAUCUCAUGGAGACAGCUUCCAUGCUCCAGUACACAAAACUAUUUGAGGCCUGUUCGGCCUACCUCCAGGACCAACUGACACCAGACAACUGCCUCAGCCUCAUCAGGCUCUCAGAAAUCUUGUACUGUGAGACUCUCAACAAGAAAGCCAAAGCAAUGGCCCUGCAAUGUUUCCCUGAAGUAGCCACAUCAGAGGACCUAAAAGAACUUUGUGCCUUGGAAUUGAUAGACUAUCUUGGAGAUGAUGAGCUCUGUGGAGAGGAAGAACAGGUUUUUGAGGCUCUCAUGGUUUGGGUGAGGCAUGACCUACAGGAACGUCAAGGUUAUAUCCAAGAUUUGUUCAAGAAAGUAAGGCUUCAGUACGUUCAUCCAACGUUUUUCUUCCACUUCAUUGCCAAUGACUCUCUCAUUCAGUCAUCCCCUGCUUGUAGACGCAUCUUGGAGCUGGCCAAUAGGCAGAUGUUUUCUUUGUACAGCAUCAGUGCUCCUGAUGCUAAACCUAUGUGGCAUGUUCCUCGGAGAUACUCAUACCGAGAAUUCCUUCUCUUGAUUGGUGGCCGCAAAGACAACCAACAGACAACGAGGGACGUCUUGCUGUAUGAUGAGAAGACAAGGCACUGGCUGAGUCUGGCCAAACACCCAACACGUCUCUACAAGGCCUCCGCAGUGAGCUUGUACAGCAACAUUUAUCUCCUUGGAGGCAUUCCCAUAGGGAAUGGGAACAAUCACGUCAGCAGCAAUGUUUACAUUUUCUCUCUCAAACUUAACCAGUGGAGGCUGAUAGAACCCAUGCUAGUUGCACGAUAUUCCCAUAGGAGCACUGCCUAUAAAAACUAUAUCUUUGCCAUUGGGGGUAUUGGAGAUAACCAGGAAAUCUUAAAUUCCAUGGAAAGAUACGACAGCAUCUACAAUGUUUGGGAGCAAAUGACAAAUAUGCCUGUUGCUGUUCUUUACCCUGCUGUGUCCGCCAAAGACCAAAGGAUCUAUCUCUUUGGAGGGGAAGACAUGAUGCAAAACCCGGUCCGACUCAUACAGGUAUAUCAUGUGACUAGGAAUAUGUGGUUCCGAAUGGAAACCAGAAUGGUCAAGAAUGUUUGUGCGCCAGCAGUUGUGAUUGGAGACCGGAUUUUCAUCGUUGGAGGGUAUACCAGGAGAGUCAUUGCGUAUGACACGAAAGCGAAUAAAUUUGUGAAGUGUGCAGACAUGAAGGACAGGCGGAUGCAUCACGGGGCCGCAGCAAUCAAUGAAAAGCUCUAUGUGGCUGGAGGUCGCUGCCUCACUGCAGAUAAUGCCAUCGAAGACUCUGAUUCCCUCGAAUGCUACGACCCCCAGGCAGACACUUGGACUUCAAGCGGGCAGCUGCCACACAAACUGUUUGACCACGGAUGUCUUGCACUCCAGUGUGUGCCUUAUGCCAACAUCUUGUGAGAGGAAAAAUGAGGGAAAAGGCUUUUCCAAAGCAGAAAGCCCAGACUGUGAACUACACGGAGAAAUACUGGCCAACUCUAAAGAUGUUUGCAUGUCAUCUGGUUCCCUGUUCUUUGACUACUCAUGUCCCACCCCUACCAUGAGGUAACAUGAGAUGCUUCUCUCAGGAGGUAGAUUUGAAGGCUGCAUAAAGGACAGCAAAUGGUCUAUAAUUUAUUACUAUUAUUAUUCAUCACUGUGAGGGGUAUCUCUGAAAAGUGGUGGCUCUGUACAAAGUCACAAAUAGACUUCUGGGGAACUUAGCAACCCCUUCUGGGCAACACUUUUUCUUGAGUGGUCUUCAUAUAUAGGACAUUAAAUCUAAAUGUUCUUGCUUUCCUGGAAGUAUUCCCCCACCAACACUUAAAGCUUAUGUCCUUUUUAUAUGAUGUUUUAUAAAAGCAGUAAUGGAUCUGAAACCAAGAGUCCCACCUCACAGCCUGGAUCUUGUGCAACCAUGUUUGAAGUAGAAGGAGAGACUGGCAGACUCUGUCAUGGAAAGAAGGAGUACGAGAAGGAAGCCACACAUGGGGCUGGCUUGGGUUAUCAUAUGUUCCGCUGAACAAAGAAAAAGAAAGACAGAAGGCAGGAAGAUGUGAAAUACUAGUCAACACUGCAUUUUGGGAGACGACAGGAUGAUAGGGUGACUAGUGCCUGCUAUUACAGAGGACAGUCCACUAUUUGAAAGCCUGCCAGAGGAUAGAAAGGGAACUUCUGUUUAAGAGACGACUAGCCCAGGUUUGGUAUAAAAAUGCAGCACCAUGAAAAGGAAGAGCUGGGCUUGGAAGUUGUCCAUCACUACCACCCUGACAAGAGAUUAAGCAAACAUGCAGGUCAUAGACUUCUACACUCGAGUGAGAUGUAGUGUAUUUCUAUUUAAAUUAUAAUAAAUAUUUUAAAUGUGUAUCUUUGCAUAUAAAUUAGCAUGUGCACAUUUUAUGAGAUCAGCAUCAUCUUUUGCUCUCUUUUUUGGUUAUGCGUUUUCUCUUUUGGGGUGAUAUUCAUUCCCUUGCCCCACACUUAAGACACCUUCCCAUGCAGGAUUAGACAGAAAAAGGCAUGCGGGAAGUUGUAGGCCUUUUUUCAAUCUAAGCUUAAGCAGGACUGUGUCUUUAAUCGCUUAACCUCCCAUGAAUCCUCUAUGUUUUUAAAGAUUUUCAUUUUGACCUUCCUCAGGACUCUUCAGCGUAUUAUUAUGCCUCUGUUUUUUAACUUCAUGCGCAAGGAUGGUUCGAAAGGCCGUGUUUUCCUUGUGCUAUAAUGUUUAUUACUUUAAUGCAUUUCUCAUUUCCUUUUGAU